AGCUGUAUUCCAGGGUACGGCAGCUGGACCAGAGUGUGCUGUUUGGCGUGCUGGCUGUAGGUACAAGGUCCUCCGCUCACGACACGCGCUCAAUCAGCAGCGGUCCGCGUUAACAACAACAACAACAAAAGAUCACCUCCGCGUGCUGCACGCCAUCCUUCAAAAACAGCCAUCCGUUUCCAUCUCUUCCAGCAACUGGACAAUCGCAGCAGAUUGCCAUAGUCUGACCGAGUGAAAGAUUCGUGCGUUUCGUGCUGCUGGUUCGUCUCAUCCAUCAGUUGGCUCUUUUUUUUUUCGCCCCUCCGGUUUGGACAUCGUAUAGACCACCAUCCGCUGGAACCGGAAAUUGAAAGGAAACGAACAAAAUUCCAAAACAAGGCGACAAAUUUCAAAAAUAGAAAAUGGCUGAUGUCAACACUAAGUCGUCACCAGACGGUUUGAACGGUGAGCAACCACUCCAGUCGCUGAAGGAUGAACUGCCCGAGGUUUCAGCUCCGGAAGCGGCUCCUGUAAUAGCCCCCACCACGGCUGAGACUGUUGCUGUUCCGGCUUCUCCUCGUCCAGGAUCAGGAGCCAAGAAUCUAUUGACGGAGCUCUUCCGCGCAUUUGCGAAAUUCGGCGACAGCAAAGCCGAUGGCAAGGCGAUUUCUUUGUCGCAGAGUGAUAAAUGGAUGAAACAAGCCAAAGUUAUUGACGGCAAGAAAAUCACGGCCACCGACACCGGCAUCUACUUCAAAAAACACAAGUCACUCAAGCUGGGACUGGCAGACUACCAAAAGUUUCUGGAGGAACUGGCUAAGGCCAAAAAAAUCGAGCUGACUGAAAUCAGAGAGAAGAUGAUCCAAUGCGGACCCCCAGGAACAACCGGAACUACGGUCACCAUGAAAACGGCCGCAGUGGACAGACUUACAGACUCUGCAAAGUACACCGGAUCUAGUCGGAUGCGGUUUGAUGAGAGCGGGCGCGGUCGCGGGAUGGAUGGAAGGCGAGACAAACCUGACGGUUCCGGAUACGUUCAAGGCUAUGACAAUAAGAACUCUUACGAUAAGAGUCAUUGAAGAAAAGAAAAAAAGGAUGAAUUGAUUCACUUUCCUUCAAUACCUAAAGCGCAAUUUUUCAUUUGCUUUUCAAUUGUUGAAAGGGAAAUCAUUUUGGUUUCGAAUGCUACCCACUUCCGUAAGGAGUCUGUUCUGUGUUUGAACUUAACCCAUUCCGUCGUACAUGUAGAAGUCGCAUUUCGUGAAAUUUCUAAAAACUAAAGCAUUAAAAGUUAACCCGAGAAACAUAAAGUACAAUUUCAAAAGAAGCCGUUUGCCACUUUUGUGGCAAAUGCGCUCCCUUGCCCUUUUCAUCGAUUUAAUAAUACUUCUCCAUUCUGUUUAAUAAUCCAUUUGCAAAACGUAUUUUAGAUUAAGGUUUUCGCUUUACAGAGUUUAACAGGGAGACGCCCACACUUUCUUCUUCCGCUUUUUACUGCUUAAAGAAACAAUAACAAAACAAAACUUCCCUGCAUUACCCGACCAUGAUGACUCGAACGAACCAUUUACAAUCCUUUAAAGUGCGUUAAGCACUACAUCCGUCUGUGUAUUGUCUGGGGGUAUGUAAUACAUGUUUUCUUGAAUGGAA